GCUUUUCCUACACUGUACAGAAGAGCGGCAGCCUUAUCCCAGUCUCUCUGGAAUGUCGUCCAAACCAGAGUAGCUCUCUGUCUCUCUCUCUAAAAGCAGAGUUGCUCUCGCUCUCCCUCUCUCUCUCUCUCUACACCCCAAAACAAAAUUGCCCAUAAAACAAGUCAGACAAGAAAACCCACACUUCAAUGGCGUCUUCCACUUCGUCAGUCCUCUCUCCACCAUUUUCCCCCAUUUUCCCUUGUUCUCAGAUUUCUCGGGGACCAUUUAACCGAAUUCUUCCUCUUUCUGCGACGCCUAUCAAACCCAUCUCUGGUUUUCGCUCCAAACCACGUCUGAAAAGUCUUAAAUAUCCUUCUGUAAAUGCUUUUGCCCUUGAUUUUUCUGGGUCUUUCUUUGAAGGAGGAGGGGACGAUGAGAGCAAUGAUCCCUUGAGUGCAGGCACUGCUACUGAAGAGAGAGAGGAGCCUCAAUGUCCUCCUGGACUUCGACAAUAUGAGACUAUGGCGGUCUUGAGGCCCGAUAUGACUGAAGAACAGAGACUGGCUUUAACCCAAAGAUAUGAGGAGUUGUUGGUUGCUGGAGGUGGCAUGUACGUGGAGGUUUUCAACAGGGGGGUCAUACCUCUUGCAUACAGCAUUAAGAAGAAGAACAAGGCAGGGGAGACUAACACAUACUUGGAUGGAAUCUACCUCCUUUUCACUUACUUCACGAAGCCUGAAUCAGUGGCUGCUCUGGAGACAAGACUGAAAACUGAUGAUGAUAUCAUUCGGUCAUGUAGCUUCAAGAUUAGGAAGAGGAAAUACUAGGAUGGGUGCCAUCUCACGCACUCUCUCUCUCUGAACUCCUCAUAUAUGUUGCUUUUGCACAGGAAUACUACAAAAGGAGUGAUCUUUUUGUAAGAAUGUGAUGUGGAUGUGUCAUUUUUGUUUGAUGGUAAUUUUAUCUGAUAUUGUUUAUUCAUUUUCUUUUGCACGUUUGAGUCGGUGAGGCAUCAUUAACUGCUCUCCCACGGUGCUAGUUUCCUUGAUUUUAAGAGGAAAAUUGGGAGACGGGUAAUAGGGCUAUAGGAUAUUUCCCCUAAAUAAAAAGUUAUCAUGUAACAUAGAAGCUUAAUCGAUUAUUACGCUUUCUGCACCAUCAAA